GGCUGGAGUACAGCGACGUGCUGCCUGACUCCUUCCCCUCGGCCCCAGCGGAGACCCUCCCUCACUUUCUGCUGGAGCCACAGGACGCCUACAUCGUGAAGAACAAGCCGGUGGAGCUCGUCUGCCGCGCCAACCCUGCCACCCAGAUCUACUUCAAGUGCAACGGGGAGUGGGUCAACCAGAAUGACCACGUCACCAAGGAGAGCCUGGACGAGGUCACCGGGAUGCUGGUGCGGGAGGUGCAGAUCGAGGUCUCCCGGCAGCAGGUGGAGGAGCUCUUCGGCUUAGAAGAUUACUGGUGCCAGUGCGUGGCCUGGAGCUCGGCGGGCACCACCAAGAGUCACCGGGCGUACGUCCGCAUAGCGUACCUACGGAAGAACUUCGACCAGGAGCCGCUGGGCAAGGAGGUCCCGCUGGAACACGAGGUCCUGCUGCAGUGCCGCCCGCCCGAGGGGGUGCCGCAGGCAGAGGUGGAGUGGCUGAGAAAUGAGGAUGUCAUCGAUCCCACCCAGGACACCAACUUCCUGAUCACCAUCGAUCACAACCUCAUCAUCAAGCAGGCCCGGCUCUUGGACACUGCUAAUUACACCUGUAUGGCCAAGAACAUCGUGGCCAAGCGCCGGAGCACCACGGCCGCCGUCAUAGUCUAUGUGAACGGUGGCUGGUCCACCUGGUCCGAGUGGUCUCCUUGCAACAACCGCUGCGGCCGAGGCUGGCAGAAGCGCACCCGGACGUGCACCAACCCCGCGCCGCUCAACGGCGGCUCCUUCUGCGACGGGCAGCCUUUCCAGAAAAUCGCUUGCACCACCCUCUGCCCAGGUGCCGCCCCGGCCCCCCGCAACGGCGGCAAGGACUGCAGCGGCGUGCUGCUCGACUCCAAAAACUGCACCGACGGGCUCUGCCUCCAGAAUAAAAGAGUUCUAAGUGAACCCAAAAGCCACCUGCUGGAGGCCACAGGUGAUGUGGCCCUGUAUGCCGGGCUGGUGGUGGCCAUUUUUGUCUUCAUCGUGAUCCUUAUGGCUGUGGGGGUGGUGGUGUACCGGAGGAGAUGCCGGGAUUUCGACACGGACAUCACAGACUCAUCAGCCGCUCUGACCGGAGGCUUCCACCCCGUCAACUUCAAGACCUCCCGGCACGACAACCCCCAGCUGCUGCACCCCUCGAUGCAGCCCGACCUGACGGCCAGCGCGGGGGUGUACCGUGGCCCCAUGUAUGCCCUGCAAGACUCCUCUGACAAGAUCCCCAUGACCAACUCGCCCCUCCUCGACCCCCUCCCCAACCUCAAGAUCAAGGUGUACAACUCCUCCACCGCCUCCUCCUCGCCGGGGCUCCACGACGGGACAGACCUGCUCGGGGGGGUCCCCGCCACCGGCACGUACCCAGGGGACAACACCAGGGACGGUCACUUUGCGAACGUGCGGAGCAAAGCCCUGGGCUCCCAGCAUCUCCUGGCCCGGGAGCACGGCAACAGCGCCAGCGGCACAUUCGGCUACCUGGGGGGAAGGCUCACCAUCCCGGGCACUGGGGUGAGCCUGCUUGUGCCCCAUGGGGCCAUCCCGCAGGGGAAGUUCUACGAGAUGUACCUGGUCCUCAACAAGGCCGAGAGCGCCCUCCUGCCCUCCGAAGGCACGCAGACCGUGCUGAGCCCGGCGGUGACCUGCGGACCCACCGGCUUGCUCCUGUGCCGCCCCGUCGUCCUGACCAUUCCCCACUGCGCAGAGGUCGGCUCCUCGGAUUGGAUUUACCAACUGAAAACACAGUCCCACCAGGGAAACUGGGAGGAAGUUGUGACCCUGGAUGAGGAAACCCUCAACACUCCCUGCUACUGCCAGCUGGAAGCCAAGUCCUGCCAUGUUUUGCUAGACCAGCUUGGCACCUACGUCUUCGUGGGAGAGUCCUACUCCAGGUCAGCCAUCAAGAGGCUCCAGCUAGCCAUCUUUGCGCCCACCGUUUGCACCUCCUUGGAGUACAGCCUCAAGGUCUACUGCUUGGAGGACACGCCGGAUGCUCUGAAGGAGGUACUGGAGCUGGAGCGGACGCUGGGCGGGUAUCUGCUAGAGGAGCCCAAGCCCCUGCCCUUCAAGGACAGCUACCACAACCUCCGUCUCUCCAUCCACGACAUCCCCCACGCGCUGUGGAGGAGCAAGCUGCUGGCCAAAUACCAGGAAAUCCCCUUCUAUCACAUCUGGGGCGGCAGCCAGCGAGCCCUGCACUGCACCUUCACGCUGGAGAGGUACAGCCAGGCCUCCACCGAACUCACCUGCAAGAUCUGCGUCCGGCAGGUGGAAGGAGAAGGGCAGAUCUUCCAGCUCCACAUCACGCUGGGAGAGCAUGCCGGCUCCUUCGACACCCUCCGCUCCCACCACAGCGGUGCCACCACCCAGUUGGGACCCUACGCCUUCAAAAUCCCCCUCUCCAUCCGGCAGAAGAUCUGCAACAGCCUGGAUGCCCCUAACUCCAGGGGAAACGACUGGAGACUUCUCGCCCAGAAGCUUUCCAUGGACCGGUAUCUGAACUACUUUGCCACCAAAGCCAGCCCCACCGGGGUGCUCCUGGACUUGUGGGAAGCUGAGCACCAAGAUGACGGCGAUCUCAAUACCCUGGCCAGUGCCUUAGAAGAGAUGGGCAAGAGCGAGAUGCUGGUGGUCAUGGCCACAGAGGGGGACUGCUGA